AUGCGCAUCGUCGCUUGUCUUCUGGCCAUUGGUACUACUAUCGCCAGUGACGCGAGACCUAAUCUUCGCCGCAGUUUAUCUGUGGAACUACCUUCUUCUCCAGCUCCUGUCAAAGCUAAAGUUGUCAACGGGAAGUGCACAGCUUCUUUCGACGACUUGACGUUGGAGGUGUAUGCGAAUGAGCACAAUAGGAUUGCUACCAAGUGCUUGGAUGCUGAGACGUAG